AUGGGACAUUUCAGUGAAAAAGUUGCUAUCAUCACCGGAGCAAGCGGUGGUAUAGGUCAUGCGACAGCAGUGCUUUUCGCGAGAGAGGGUGCAAAAUUAACAAUCACAGGCAGAAAUGCGCAGAAUCUGGCUAGGACAAAGGCGGACUGUAUAAGAGUUGGUGCAAAAGAUCGUGAUGUAUUUGAACUGCUUGGCGAUAUAACUCUUGAGAGUGUUCAAGAUGAUAUUAUCAACGAAACGGUUAAAAAGUUCGGCAAAAUCGAUAUCCUUGCAAAUAUUCAUGGAGGUGGUGAACUGGAGCGCGAUGAAGACGGUAAUUUAAGAUUGUGUGUUUAUGAUACGGUGAUGAACACUAAUUUCAAAAGUAAAUAUAUGCUGUGCCUCAAAGCGAUUCCGUUUCUCAAAGAAACGCACGGUGAUAUCGUUAACGUGAGCAGUAUUUCAUCACGAAUUGCUGUACGCAUAAGCUUAUUCUUCAUCUUCAUUUAUUGCAGCUCUUAUCCUAUCGCAAACAUAUUUACAUUCAAGUACUAUCUAAUAACCGAUUGA